AAAUGAAUCUCACAAGCUCAAGAAGUUGUCAACAGUUAAGGAAGCUCCUUUCAAGGCAGCCAUGUAGGGCACUGUCUCACCAGGGUCGAGCAGGAUAUAAUGUCAUAGUUGUUGGUGCAGGGCAUGCUGGGACAGAAGCAGCGUGUGCUGCGGCAAGGAUGGGUGCUGACACACUGCUUGUUACGCACAAACUGGAAACUAUAGGAGCUAUGUCAUGUAAUCCCUCUUUCGGUGGAAUCGGUAAAGGCCAUCUGAUGAGAGAGAUCGAUGCUUUGGAUGGAGUCUGUGCCAGAAUAUGUGAUAAAUCUGGUGUACAAUACAAAGUACUUAACAAGCGGAAAGGUCCGGCAGUGUGGGGCCCCAGAGCACAGAUAGACAGAGAACUGUACAAACAACAUCUCCAGACUGAGAUCAACAACACGGAGAAUCUGACUGUCAUGGCGGCACCUGUUGAAGAUCUCAUACUCACAAAUACAGGAAGUGAUGUCAUAAAACAGCAGUGUCGAGGAGUUAUUCUAGACAAUGGUGAUAGAAUCUUCGGGAAAACAGUUGUCAUGACAACAGGGACAUUCCUGAGAGGCUGCAUCAACAUCGGUUUGACCGUCCGUCCUGCUGGAAGACUGGGGGAUGAGCCGGCAGUAGGCCUCGCCAGAAGUCUGGAGGAAGCCGGCUUCAAACUUGGAAGACUGAAAACAGGAACUCCUCCUAGACUUGAUGGUCGGAAUAUUGACUACAAUAAAACUACAGUCAUGUGUGGAGAUGACCCUCCGACUCCCUUCUCAUUCAUGAAUGAUGAAGUCUGGAUACAGGCCAAAGAUCAGCUGAAAUGUCACAUGACUCGUACAACAGAAGCUGUUGAGAAGAUUGUCAUGGAAACAUUACAUCUGAAUAAGCAUGUUCAAGAGGAGAUAACUGGGCCAAGAUAUUGUCCCUCCAUCGAGUCCAAAAUUUUGAGAUUUAAAAGGAAACAGCACCAAGUAUGGCUAGAACCUGAAGGGUUCUCCAGCAGUGUGGUGUACCCCAAUGGAAUAUCCUGCACAAUGCCAGAAGAACACCAAGUACGUCUUGUCCGAUCUAUCCCAGGAUUGGAGAAAUGCAACAUAGUUCAGCCAGGUUAUGGUGUGGAGUAUGAUUACAUUGACCCACGUCAGCUGAGUCCCUCUCUUGAGACCCUCCUCAUCCAGAACCUCUUCCUGGCCGGCCAGAUCAACGGAACAACUGGAUAUGAAGAGGCUGCUGCUCAGGGCAUCAUGGCAGGGAUCAACGCUGCACUGAAGGCUCAAGACAAGUCUGCCUUCACACUGGACCGGACUGAAGCAUACAUUGGGGUGCUGAUCGAUGACUUGACAACACUAGGAACCAAUGAACCAUACCGAAUGUUCACAAGCAGAGCUGAGUUCCGCCUUGCUCUCAGACCAGAUAAUGCUGACACCAGGCUCACAAGAAAAGGUUACAAGGUUGGCUGUGUCAGAGAGGUCAGAUUCCGGAGAUCGGAAUCAUCACGUCUGGAGCUGGAAGAAGCUGUAUCAGCGUUGUCGUCCCUGACGAUGCCCUUGACACACUGGUUCAAGCUCCUCAACCUGCCAUCAACCAACAACAGGAAUGACAGAAAUGGUGUGGAGGUCCUGAGUCUGCCCUACAUCACUGUCGAGCAGCUGAUCCACGUGUUCCCAGAGGUCCUCGGCUUCCUGCAUGAUGACACGGAGCUGAAACAGAGGCUAAAGACUGAAGCCAUGUACGUGAAUGAGCUGAAGGACCAGCUGGAGGAGAUGGAGGAGGUGAGGCAGGAUGAGGAACUCCUCCUACCAGAUGAUCUCGACUAUGAUAGUUUGUGCAUUUCAACAGAUGCCAAGAGUAAACUAGCAGAUGCACGGCCAGCUACUAUUGCAGCUGCUAGUCGAAUACCAGGAAUGACCCCAGCGGCCAUCUUGAUUCUCCUGCGACAUGUUAAAAGAAGAACCAGGAGCAAGGUCAAGGACAGUAAGAUGGCCUCUCAGCCUACAGACAGUGUUUCAUGAACACCAGUCAGCAGUUCUUUGUGGACAUGGUGUAGCCCAAUGGUUAAAGCGAUCCCUCGACAUGCUGAAGGUCUGGGUUUGAUUCCACACAUGGGCACUAUGUGUGAAGCCCAUUUCUGGUGUCCCCCGUCGGUUAAUGCUGGAAUAUUGCUAAAAGCGGCAUAUAACUAAACUCACUCACUCACUUUGUUGGUAUAUGUGCACAUAAAUAUAAAUAACUCUUCUUUAUGCAAAUAAUUAAUUUAUAGUUUCGACUAAGUAAAUAUAUCAUUAAUUUAGUAAAGAAUUUGUGGUUCUCUAGAGGUAUAAAUUUGGCUGGUUCAUUCAUCGUAUCAAUGGCUAUGUGCCUCAAAUCCUAUUCUGUGUCCUGGAUAAUGACUCAAAACAAGUCUCAAAUACACACGUAAUUAAGACUCACUUAAUUUGGAUCAUGGUGAGUGAGUAAGUUUUAGUUUUAUGCCACUUUUUGCAAUAUUCCAGCAAUAUCACUGCGGGGGUACACCAGAAAUGGGUUGCACACGUUGUACCCAUGUGGGAAAUUGACCCAGGUCUUCAGCACAAGUGAACGUUUGAACCACUGGGCUACCACACCACCUCUCAUCUCAUGGUACCUGAAGACGCUCUAUGUAGCUGCUUGGCCUAGCCAGAACCAUUGCUGGUUUUCAGUCCUUAGUGAGACCACUGAGUCCUAGCCAACCAGUCAUUGCUUCAUCUUCUAAAUGCUGACCACUAGACUGGCCAACAAAACGCACCAUUCUUUAACAUCUUUGGUAUUGAACCACGGACAUGCUGGUGAGAGAUGCUCUGACCACUAGACUGGCCAACAAAACGCACCAUUCUUUAACAUCUUUGGUAUUGAACCACGGACAUGCUGGUGAGAGAUGCUCUGACCACUAGACUGGCCAACAAAACGCACCAUUCUUUAACAUCUUUGGUAUUGAACCACGGACAUGCUGGUGAGAGAUGCUCUGACCACUAGACUGGCCAACAAAACGCACCAUUCUUUAACAUCUUUGGUAUUGAACCACGGACAUGCUGGUGAGAGAUGCUCUGACCACUAGACUGGCCAACAAAACGCACCAUUCUUUAACAUCUUUGGUAUUGAACCACGGACAUGCU